AAGUGUGAAUAAAGUGUUUAGAUAUGGUUAAGAUACAGUUAUUUAGAAAUAAAUAUAUCCCAUAGCCUCUAUAAGUGUGUUUUAAUAUUAAAUCGAACAAAAAAAACCUCCUACCUGAGCUGAAGUCCUGCAGAGUUGGUGUCAGUCACAGCAGAAGAAUCAGGAAAUUCUAACUUUCAUCACCCUCCUCCCCUUCCCUCCCCUUUGUUCUCCUUCCUUGCAGUGAAGUUUGUGGUCGGUCAUUUAAAGAAAUCAGAUAAAGGAAGAGUUUCAGUGACGGACGGAGCGACAUGGAGCCGAGCAGCCAGGACUGGAUGUCCGCUCUGCCGGAGGAGCUGUGGGACAUUCCUCUGACAAACCUGGCCAUACCAGGGAGCCAUGAUGCCAUGAGUUACUGUCUGGAUAUAAACUCCCCUUUGGUGCCCUCCGAGUCGGAUGCUUUCAGACUUCUGGAUGGACUUUUCUACUGCUUUACCAGGCCGGCCAUCUUUAAAUGGGCAACAACACAGGAUAAAAGCAUCGAGGAGCAGCUGUCGAUGGGGAUUCGGUUCUUCGAUCUACGCGUCGCACACAAACCCAAAGACUCCUCCAGCGACCUGUACUUCACACACGUCAUUUACACACAUCUUACAGUUCUGGAAACUCUGUCCUCUGUUGCCACCUGGCUGGAGUCCCACCCGAAGGAGAUUGUCAUCCUCGCUUGCAGCCACUUUGAAGGAAUCGACGACAGACUCCAUCAAGCGUUAAUUUUCUCCCUGAAGAAGCUCUUUGGCUCAAAACUCUGCCCAAGGAAGGACUCUGUGCCGACCCUGAGGAGUCUGUGGGCGUCUGGUUAUCAGGUCAUCCUCUCCUAUGAGUGCCAAACUGCAGCCAGACAUCGUGAGCUGUGGCCUCCAAUCCCCUACUGGUGGGCCAACAAGUGCACAGCACAGGGAGUGAUCAGUUAUCUGGACUGGAACAAAGAGAUGGGACGUCCAGACAGCUUCUUUGUCUCUGGUUUGAACCUGACAGCGGACAGAUAUUUCAUCACUGUGAACCCCAAACAGUCUCUGAGGACGCUAACGUUCAGUAACUGGGACUGUUUGAGGAAAUGGCUGGAGGAGCAGACGCCCGGAUCAAACCCUGAGAGCCUCAACAUCAUUGCAGGAGACUUUGUGGGUCCUCUCCCCCUCUGCUCUCUGGUCAUUAAACUGAACCAAAAACUUGUACAGAAGAAAGCUAUCAGAUGAGAAAAGACAGACACAGUUAUAGUUACAAACGCCCUAAGCGGACAUGUAUCCAAACUUUUACUCUGUUAUCAUACAAAGAGGGAUCGUUUCCAGAUAAUUUCCAGCUGCAAAAUCAUGAAACAAACAGAAAUAUGCCUAAUUUACCUCAAACCUGUCAGCAUGGCAUGUCAUGAAAAUGAUCCCAUCAUCACAAGAAAAACAAGUUUGUAAUUCUAUAUAUAUAUAUAUAUAUAUAUAUAUAUAAUAUGGGUCAUGGAACACCUGUUGCUUUGCCGUGGUAACUCACUCAUAUCUGGCAAACAGAGGGGCGUCCAAAACGGCCUACCUUCACUGGUCAAAACAAAUCCAGACCAUUCAGGACCAGAAUCUGAAGGAGGACAUACUGGCUGCUGCAGAAGCCAGCACUUCAACAUAUCAUUUGAUCUGAAUGUGUGAUGAUACUGUAAGGUCAUUCUGUGAUUUAAUUUAGUAGAUAUCUUUAAUUCAGCAUAUUGUUCAUUUUGUUCAUUCUCUUCACAUCCAGAGAAAAAUAGGACAGUGGUUCUCAACUGGUCAAGCCUCAAGACCCACUACCAGCUCCUUCAUGAAAAAUCAUGACCCCAAAAAUCAGAUAUUUUUUUAACCUAUCAAAUUUAUUUCAUAAAAAUUUGUGCAGUUUGAACCUCUUCAGUUGUGGAGCGUCAAAAAAAAACGCUCCACAGACUCUGACAAAAAAAGAAUUCCAGGCACACAUUCCCGACCCACUAUAAAUGGCUCCCUGACCCACUUUUGGGCCUCGACCCCCCAGUUGAGAACCAUCACAAUAGGUGAUAAAGGAGGUUAAACUUUUGAUACCUUUGCAACCUGAAAAACGUCCUGCUAAGCGUCCUGUCGUACUUAAAGACAUUGUGAAAAAUACGUGAGCCGUUAUGACUGUAAUCUGUGAUGCAUUCCUCAGAUUUAAAGAGGUUUAACACAACUGGGUUUCAUUUUUUAUCAAUAUAUAAGUGAUUAUAAAAGUUGUGAUGCUGUUUUUCAGACAAUUUGAGUUAAAGCUGAAUCAACAUGGACCCUGUGGGAUCCUUAAUGCACUUAGGGGUUUAUUUAUCAGAAUGCAAUAUAAGUCUGUGUGUAAACGAUCAUGUGGAAGGCUUAUUU